AUGAAUCAGAUGUAUCCACCGAUACAUAUGCUCGGACCCUUUGAUCCACAAGUUCAAUAUAUGCCAUCAAAUUUUCUUCCAUCGGCGCCUGGAUAUCAAACAGAGCCUCCGCAAUAUAAUCGAGAUCAAUGGCCUCAGCCAGCUACACAUCACCCACAGGGCCACCAACAAUUUUCUCCAGUGUAUCCUAUCAUACCAACACAGCUGCAGGUAAUGCAAAGCAUGCAAUAUAUGCAGCAAGUCCCUCCCCCUCCACAACCACUCAUGUAA